GAACUUAUGAAAGACUUAUCAGCAGAUAAUAGCGAAGAAGACAUUGAACCAGAAUUUGCUAGCGGAGAAGAGUACCUUGGUUGGUUGGGCCGACAGCUACCAUGCCUUGAACCAUUUGUGGGUGACGAUACUAUUCAUGCCUGUUACGAAUUUGAGUGGCGAAAAAGAAAUGAUUACACCCCUGGACUCGACACGGUGAUCGAGGAAAAUAAGGACGGAGGGCAUAAGGAAUGCACAGUCGAUUCUCGUGUAAAUGGCACCAUGGAGUUAGAAGAUGAGGAUGUGAAUCCGUAUAUAAAACUAAUGUUACAACCCACAGUAUACCGUUUGGAGGUCUUAAUGGCACACCAAACGCAAAUGAAAGCAUCUUCAAAUUUGGGGAGUUGA